AUGUUGGUUGUUAAAAAUGCAACCGGUAGUGUUUACUCAAGCAUCCUGAUCGACACCAACUCGCACUGUCAGCCCGGUGACCUCACGGACUCGUACGGAUGGCUGGUGCAGUUUGUUCUGGCAUCGCUGGCCUUUGCAUCAUUGGUCAUAAAACGUUUGCUAGAACCAAAGUCGUCGCGUCGAGAAUGGAAGGUCUGGUUCUUCGAUACAUCGAAGCAGGCCACCAGCGCCGCCGUCAUCCAUUUUUUAAAUGUUUUCAUUGCACAGCUCUUCCAGGGUGAUCCUUGCACAUGGUAUGUGAUUAGUUAUUUAUUAGAUUCAACGCUCGGACUGCUGUUCAUCUACGUCAGCGUGAAAAUGGUUAAUAUUGUCGCGUCUUGCAGUGAAAGGUAUUCGAUGUUACAGUUCGGCGAGUAUCUGGAGCCACCUCAGUGGCGGCCGUGGUUCUAUCAGCUAUUUACAUUCGUUUCGAUCACCCUUGCAGAGAAGACGGUUGUCACCAUUGUUCUGCAGUUCAAGUUUUGGAAGGCGGUGCGUGAAGUGAUCCUGAGACCAGUGACCAACCCGAAGCUGGAGCUUACCGUCGUCAUGCUGGUUAUUCCGUUUUUCGUCAACACACUCAUCUUUUGGGUGGCGGACAGUUUUAUGAUGAAAAAGCGUUGCGCGAAGCGAAAGCUGCUUGUCAGCAGAUUGGACGAUGGUUGUCAGGAGAGGCUGCUGGCGGCGACUUGUGGCGAGUCGGAUUUAGCCACCGCGUCUGAUACACCCCUGCGCAUCAGACAUUCUACGGUGGACAUCGGUUGA